UGCUUCAUUCAUUCAUAUUUCAUGAUGUCAUCACUUCUGUGAUACGUUUCGUCAUUGCGAAUCACCUGAAGUUGGAUGAGAUUCGAUUUGUUUUCGUUCAACGUGUAAGCGGCAAAUCAACAUGUGGGAAAAACGAAUUUUCUAUUUUUAUCAAUUUUCUUCUCUUCUCUCACGACUCACGACGAUUUUCACAUGUGAAGAAAAAUCUCGAGCGACUUAAGUUUCAGUGAGUCUGUGAAAAUGAACUCGAAAACAAGAUGAAAAAUCUUUUUACGAGUCGUGGAAAAUUCUUUCGACCUUGAACCAUCACGAGACUACUGCAGUGGUGAAAAUUCAUAAAAAUCAAUUUUUAAAUUGAAUCAAAGCCAAAGUUUCGUGGAGAUUUAGAAUCAAAUUUUAAUUAAAUAUUUCCGAUAUAGUGAAAAAUUAUUUUUAACUGCGAGCACAAAUUCUUGUCAAGUGAAAAAGAGAAAAAAAUUUCGCGCAAGUGAUUGAGAGACGCAAAACGACGUCGUUGUAGCGAUGGCGUUGAGUGAUUUGUUGAUCAGCUCAGCAUUUAUUGUUUUAUGUUGUGUCUGUGCACAACUUGCACGAAAAGUUCUAGAUCGAUUUUCUUCCAUUCAUGGACUUGUCAGAGAAUUGAUUUUGGAAGCUAUUGCAGCUGCAGAACUUUGUUCAACAUGCUUUGAACUUAUCAUCGUGGCUGACAACUUCGGUGUUGCUACUUAUGCCGUGUAUUUGUUUCUCUUGACCAUUUGGUGGUCUCAAGUGUGGGUAGAUUCAACUGCAUGUCCCUACAAUCACAUGGAAGACAUGGUUGAAGGACGCACAACGCCAAGAGAUGUUGCAUUAAAGACUUGGGCUCAGUUGAUGGGCGGUUGUUGUGUGUGGCGCAUUGUCCAAUUCUUCUGGUGGUUGGAAUUGGCAGAAACACAUAAAGGUCGUGCAUUUGAGGAUUGUUCAGCUGACUUACAAGUGUCUCCAUGGGUUGGUGCAGUAAUUGAAGGUUUCGCGACACUUCUUUGUCGAUUGGCAUCGAAAGCAUUGAGUGACAAGAGUCCCAAAUAUGCGAACAUUCUCGACAGCUUCAUUGGAACAUCGCUUGUUAUUGCUGCUUUCAAUUAUUCGGGCGGAUAUUUCAAUCCCGUUCUAAGUACCAGUCUCAAGUGGGGAUGUUCUGGAAAUACUGACAUUGAACACAUCAUCGUGUAUUGGAUUGGAUCGUGCAGUGGUGCUUUGCUUUCAGUUCCAGCUUUUAGACAUCCCAUCGUUAGGAAUCUUUUGCUUGGCGAGAAAAUCAAAGACGAAUAAUCGAAAACUUGACUUUAGCAUUUCAUUUUCCUUCCAUCAAUUUCUCUUAGACAAAUAAAGAAACUUCAAUUAUCACAAACAUUAUUGUAACAAUCGUCUAAUUAUAGUUGAGUGUCGACACGUGGGAAACGUAAUUAUACUCAUCAAAAUCGUUUUAAAGUGUCAACUCGUUGAUUGUUUUUAAAUACUCUUAA